AUGGAGAUCGUACAGCAGUUCUGCGAGGACAAAGCCCUCAGCGAACUCCAGUUCUCGCAUAUAUUCUUCCGCGAGGGCGACACACUUGUUAUAAUCGACUUCCCAGCCGUUACUAGUUUCCGCAACCCUGUCUCGUGCUGCGCAGCUCGAUGGGGCAAGAUGGACUUCAGAAUUGAUUCGAAGAAAUUGAUCCGUAGUGGAUCAAGCGUUCUGGCCAAUCUGCUGUCUGAUUCCAUGCAGCGCCGCUUUCUUCGUCGACACGGCCUCACGCGGGAAACCCUUCCAGAGAACGUUCGGUAUGUCGUCGAUCUAACGCCGCCUUCGGAGGGUGAAGAAUCCGCUUUUCUGGUGGCAGACCUUUACUUGCCCUCUGCCGUUGUUGACUGGUGGAUGGCCAAGGAUAGACUUGGAGUUUCCUGGUACCUGGUCUGCGGCCACGACGACAAGUGCAACGACCAUGGUAAGGUUGUCAAUGACUGUGCCAAAGUCGCCGGUUGGGUCUCUGCUGCUCGCCCUGAAGCGGAAGACACCGAAUCGGGAGAUCCCAAUAUCUAUCGCAUUCCUCUGGAGCUUCCGGAAAUUGAGCCCUCGCCCACCCGCCAGAUCGAGCAUUACUGCCCUAUCCGACACCGAGUUGCGAUUAUCCGCCUACUGCUGCACGUGAAGGGUGAACACCUUGUUCUGAACUCUGCGCCACGGGUAUAUACUGCCGUCGGGGUUGCCAAAGCAUUGGACCUGACUAGGACUAUAAGUUCCUCGGUUCGUGCCUGGCUAGAAGAUGGACGCAACAGCAGUUUCGUCGACAUCAACCCUGAGAUUGCAAUGAAGAUGGCUUGGGAUCUACAGCUCUCAGACGUGGUCCGAACUGCAAUGCGAAUUAUUGUGGUCGAGAGAGCCUUGGAAGGUGGCACAAAGGUCGGACGAACUACCCUCUUUGGUCGUCCUCGCGGUGACCUUCCGGAUGACAUAAACAAUGUCAUCGAGCACGCAACUGAUAACCUCCGAACUCGUGUCAAGGAAGCUGCUAACGCGCUAUGUCACACUGGAGCUUACGACUGGCUUAAAGUGCCCGCCUGGCAGAUCCUCAAGCAGAUCGGCGACUCCCUGCCUACGAUUUUUUCCUUUCCAGCGCUGCAGCAGACGGCGUACCAACUACAGAGCCUUCGCCGACAUUAUAAGAAGAUUGUGGCGUGUUUGUUGGAGUACAUCAACAAAGCUGUCCUGGGGUCACUCAAAGCCGUGCCCCAUCCUGAGAGGGUGAAAAUCAUCGACAACAAUAGACUUGCGUUCCUGCAGCGGGGCUACGCUUCACUGGCUGGUGCAACGAUUACCGACAUUAUUGGCUCAAUGUCCAAUGAGCAACGCCUCUUGACCCGCGCUUUCUGGGCGAGGUUGAAAGAGGAGACGGGAGACUUCAAAUCUUUUCGCAACUAUUGUACCGAGCCAUACUUUUCUUUACGUCAGGAUGGCGCUGAUUUGGACCAAUUCAUUGAUGAGGUUAACAGCGCCCUGGCCAACGGACUCCUUCCUCACCUGAAUGCCCAAUUCCCGACAGGCAUCUCCAUCAAUGCUGCAAAGUUCCAUAACCAACUCGCCAAGUCUGUUCAGAAGUCAUUCGAUGCUUGGGCACCCUGGGACAACCAGCUAGAGUUCCGCAUCAUGCGGACGGAACACCUUGCUCUCGGUUUAAGCGAGGACGAGAUGAAGUUCCUACCGCUUUGGGCCGGUGGUCUAGACGACGGCUCUGGUGGCGUAUUUGAUGAAACCACCAUUCCUGACACAGAUAUGGGGGCUAUAGGACCGGGCCCCUCAUAUGUUACCGGUAAAACCGUCGCUCCUUCGACCACCGCCGCUUCCGCCAUGACUAUAGUUGGAGGUGCUUCACUUCAAGCUGUGCAGUCAGGGACUUCGAUGAGCAAUACCGAGAGCUAUGUUCAGGUCUCCAAGGCGAGCAGCGCUGGCUGGUACAAGAGCAGCGACUUCAGCUUGAGGAACAAGAUUGAUGCUUGGACAUUGGCCGAAGAAGAUAGUCUCGACAACAGUGACGGCAACAAUACUCCUACCGAAGGAGCGAGCGACUAUGAAAUGGAGGCCACUACCAACGAUCCUGUGGGAAGCUUUUCCGACCAAGAGUUGAAUCUUCAAGACGACUCUGAUACUAUGGAUGGCCUUGACAUCGAGGAAAAUGGCAGCAGCGAUAACGCUACUUCCAACCGUACUUCCCCCGAUGCCGAGUCGGAGUUUGAUGAUUGGGAGGACAUAUACAACUGA